AUCAAUAUCUUUCCUUUUUUUUCUUUUCACUGUCCCUUAAACUUGGACGAUUUCAUUGAUAACGCUAUCUUCGGCGGCUUGCAGCAAAUGUAGGGCCAUGGGCAUAUUAUCAUAAACAUAAGAAAUAUCUAGGCAAGGCCACAAUAGGCAUUUGCAUAUCUAAAGGGCCAAACCGUGCUUUGUGGGAAUACCGAUUAAAGCUCCCAUCCUUUCUUAAAUCAUUGCUUUGUGCCGUUGAAACCCUCGUACAAUACUUUGAAGUCGAUACAGGCCAAAAUGCGGAGGACAAAUCGAUAUAAUCCCACCCGUUCUUUUACAACUAUUAGCCGUUCUUCAUUUAACAUGGAUGCGUUCAACCUACAGUAGGCAAUGAAUUGGAACCGAGCGAAGACCACACCGCACUGUAUCUCACCGAACACUGAUAUAAUCACCCAUGAUCCGACAUUUAUGUCAUUUGUAGGACGCAGACACCACAAAGAUUGACGCAAGAUGCUGAAAAUCUUUUCGAAAACAAGCUAAGUGAGCUGUUAAAGGAACCAGUGUUUUAGGAUUGCAGAUGCCGACACUGCAUCUAAGAGGACACCGAUGAUAUAUUUGUUGUCAUUCGUGCGAGCAGGUAUUGUCUAGAUUCAGUAAAAAAAAAAAAAAAAGCCAUCUCGAAGACUGAUCAGACCGAUCGGAGAAGAUUUGAUUAGAUCUAUCCAGAAAGAUUUUUGUUUAAGUUUUGAGAUUGCUUAAGUAUCAGGCUUCUAAUCUCAACUCCAGUGAAAGCAAUGCCGAACAGAUUUGAAUGAAAAGGAAGAGGUCGAACCGUGGUGUGCCAAAAAGUAGUUUUAAACGGGCAUUCUUUCAAGAUCUCCAAGCACUAUGAGAAGAGCCCAGAGGAACACUCUUUUCACAAUCAGUUGCUUUCUCACCAUAAUGCUGCUUAUCAUAUUGCUGCAUAACCCUGCCGAAGAGAACGACUGGAGAGGCCAUGACGAAGAAAGCUUUGCCUCGCUCAGGUUUCUAUCGCCUUUCCUCCGGAGGCGAGAUCAUCAAGGAUUGUCCAAGGGCAACCAAACUACCUGCUACAGGUUUCUAAGAUACCACCCUGAAGAACUACUGCCUCAAGCGGACCUUAGCGCCAGGAACUGCAAAAAGCGAAUGCCACAUGCGCUUGUCAUUGGUGUAAAGAAAGGCGGGACAACUGCAAUGGCUAGGUAUCUUGGACUUCACCCCAAGGUUUCGUUCUCAACGUCUAUCCAACCUGGUCCGGACAUCACUGAUGCAACAAUGGCCGAAUGGAGGGAGACUUUUCGCAUGACAUCCUCCAUGCAAAUGCCUGUCACGGGAUACCCAGGUCUCUUUAACGACAUGCAGCCACAGUUGUUGCUGAUGUUGCGGAACCAUCUCCCCGCUGAUAUCAAACUUAUUUUGAUGCUCCGCGAUCCCGUGCAACGCCUUGUGUCUGAUUUCGUGCAUACGUCAACCAUCGUUGAUCGCUUUCAUGGGGAAGAGCGAAAAAAGUUUGAAGAACUCGAGGGUUUUAAAGGCACUCUGAACGCUACCGUACUGGACGAAUUGGGCCACGUGAACCCUUUCGCAUCCAUCGUUCGUCUUGGAUUGUAUGCCAUAGAUUUACAAUCCUUGUAUCAGCAAAUACCUGAGGAACGGGUUCUAAUCAUAGACGGUAACGCGUUCAGCAAAGACCCUUUUCCAAUUUUGGUCAAAGUGGAACGCUUCUUGGAGCUGCCGCCAUUUUUCCAAAGAUUUCACUUUAAGUAUAACGAAAAGAAACAUUUUUAUUGUGCAAAUAUUGAGAGCAGACCCGAUGUGAAUUGUCUCAAUUCGCAGAAGGGUAGGAAACAUCCCGAGAUUGCCGACGGUCUUGUCCAAAAGCUUUACGAUUUCUAUCGCCCGCACAAUCGGGAACUGAGAAAGGAAUUUGGCUUGAACUUUCCUUGGAUUAACCUGUAACAAUUUACUAUCACUAUGAAUAUGACGGACAAAUAAAGAGGACAAAAUAUAAAGUUCCUCAUUCUACCCUCAACAAAAGAACA